AUGAAGCAGAAGGUCGCCGUUGAGCUCGGCAUGGACUUCACGCUCAAGCAGUUCCCCGAGGAUAUCCACCGCGCGCAGCUCCUCGCCGAGAUUGAGCGCUUCAACGCCGACCCCAAGGUCCAUGGCAUUCUGGUGCAGCUUCCCCUGCCGGCCCACCUGGACGAGCGCUCCAUCACCCAGGCCGUUUCCAUCCAGAAGGAUGUCGAUGGCUUCCAUGUGUCCAACGUCGGCAAGCUUGCCCUUCGCGGGGAGACCCCGCUCUUCGUCCCCUGCACGCCGCAGGCUUGCAUGGAGCUGCUGAAGCGCUCUGGCGUCCAGAUCGCCGGCAAGCACGCCGUCGUCAUUGGCCGCAGUAACAUCGUUGGCCACCCCGUGGCGGAGCUCCUGCUCAAGGCCAACGCCACUGUCACGGUGUGCCACUCGCAGACCCAGAACAUCGCGGAUGUUGUGCGCACCGGCGACAUCGUUGUCGCGGCCAUCGGCCAGCCGGCGUUCGUGCGUGGCGACUGGCUCAAGCCCGGCGCUGUGGUCAUCGAUGUCGGCAUCAACACCUCCCCCCACCCUGAGAAGCCUGGCGCCAUGGUGCUCAAGGGUGAUGUCAACUUCGAGGAGGCCCUCCCCGUGGUGUCGGCCAUCACCCCGGUGCCGGGUGGUGUCGGCCCGAUGACCAUUGCCAUGCUCAUGCAGAACACCGUGGCCAGCGCCCAGCGCUCGGUUAGCAGCUCCCUGCCGGCCAUGCACCUCCUCCCGCUGGACAUCCAGGACCCGGUGCCUUCGGACAUUGCCAUCUCCCGCGCCCAAACCCCCAAGCACAUGCGCGUUGUCUGCGAGGAGCUCGGCAUCCACGAGUCCGAGUUCGACCUGUACGGCAAGUACAAGGCCAAGGUGUCCCUCUCGAUCCUGGACCGCCUGGCCAACCGCGAGAAUGGCAACUACGUUGUCGUCGCCGGCAUCACCCCCACCCCCCUGGGCGAGGGCAAGUCCACCACCACCCUCGGCCUGGCCCAGGCUCUGGGGGCUGAGCUCGGCCGCAUGUGCUUCGCCAACAUCCGCCAGCCCUCCCAGGGCCCGACCUUCGGCAUCAAGGGCGGCGCCGCCGGCGGCGGCUAUGCCCAGGUCAUCCCCAUGGAGGACUUCAACCUGCACCUGACCGGUGACAUCCACGCCGUCACGGCCGCGAACAACCUUCUCGGUGCGUGCCCCGGCGCCCGGAGGAGAGGCACCUGUGGUCCCCGUGCUGACUGUUGGGAAUGCCUCCCAUUUCUCCUGCUGAGUCACCGGUCACGAGGCUCCUCGCAUUUCUAA